AUGGUUCGGCCAUCACUCCUCGCGUCGCUUGCUGCGGCCGCGUCGAUGGCUGUGGCAAGCAACAGUUGUGCCGAGGCCGUACCCGGCUCUUACAUCUUUGAAUUCGAAGACGGCCAUAGAUUCGAUGCUUUCCACAAGGCUGUCCUUGAGGUCGGGAGAGUACGGUUGAACAUCACAUCUGGGAUCAUGAAUGCCUGCUCCGUUCAGAUAUUUGAUACGAAACAAUCGGAUAAAAUCGCAGAGAAUAUUGCAAAUCUCUUCACCACCAUCAAGACCUAUUCGCAAGUCUGCCGGUAUAGGUCGCUUGUUCCAAAGGCCCCAUCGCCGGGCUCGAAUAAUGAUGUGAGGAAGCGUGGACUGGCGGACGGGGGUGUUGGUGGCUUCCCCCCUCACGUCAUGACGCAAAUAAAUAAGCUGCACGAACAAGGAUUUACGGGAAAGGGGAUUAUAAUCGCCGUCAUUGAUUCUGGUAUUGACUAUAUGCACCCGGCCCUCGGCGGCUGCAUCGGCGACGGCUGCCUGGUCUCAUCCAGUGCCGAUCUUGUCGGCAAUGCCUAUAAGAAGCACAACGAGACUUCUCCAGCUUCCUCAGAUAGUGACCCGAUGAAACAAUGCGAUGGUCAUGGUACUCAAGUUGCUGGCGUUCUCGCUGCUCGGCCGAACAGGUUGCGCUUUUCGGGUGUUGUUCCGGACGCUACCCUAAAAGCAUACCGCGUUGUUGACUGCCAUGGAUCUGGCGAAUCCGAUAUUUUAAUGGCCGCCUAUAAUGAAGCCUACAAUGAUGGCGCGAAUAUCAUUACCGCCUCUAUCGGUGAUUCUUCCUCCGGUUGGGCCCAAGAACCUUGGGCCGUUGUAGUCCAGCGCAUCGUUGAACAAGGCGUCCCCUGCAUUUCACCGGCGGGAAACAGUGGCGAAGCAGGCCCUUUCCAUUCUGACAGUGCCGCCAGCGGAAAGGGGGUGACUUCUGUUGCCCUGAUUGAUAAUAUCUGGACGCCAACAAUCAGAUUUCCGGUCAUCUAUUCUAUUGAUGGUGGCAAGGAUAUUGUCGUCCACGCCAUCGCCCAUUGGAAAAAGAGCGAGUGGAAGAACGAAACGCUCGAGGUCUACGCCACAAGUACGAAUAUAACUGUUGAAGACGAUGCUUGCGAUCCACUACCGAAUAGCACGCCGGACCUAAGCAACAAAAUUGUUCUGAUCCGAUACGGUCAUUGUAUCGUCACGGACAAGAUCACGAAUGCGGUGGCCAAAGGGGCGAAGCAUGUGAUUAUUUACAACAGUUAUUAUGGGGAGCUGAUUGCAUAUUCCUCCGACAAAGCCUCUGUCGGCACGUUGGCGAGAGGCCUAGGCGAAACGUGGAUCAAGGCUAUCAAAAGCGGCAAAAGGGUUGCUGUAAAGAUACCGAUGCUUGAUAAAUCGGAAGGCCGCUUGCUUGAGGCAUUGAAUUUUGCCACCCCCGGUGCUCUGAAUAGGAUGAGCUCUUGGGGCCCUACUUGGGAGAUGGAUCUGAAACCCCAAGUGGCGGCCCCUGGCGGGAAGAUUCUCACCACCUAUCCUAGAGCCCUUGGUAGCUACGGUGUUGGUACCGGAACGUCCUUGGCCUGCCCGUUGGUCGCUGGCAUUGUUGCUCUUAUCGGACAGGUUCGCCGUACAUUCAACCCUGUACUCAUCAACAACCUGCUGUCAUCCACGGCCAAACCACAGCACUUCAACGACGGGACAAGGUACUAUGACGACUACGCGCCAGUGGCCCAGCAGGGAGGUGGUCUCGUCCAGGCAUACGACGCAGCCUUCACCACCACUCUUCUUGAACCAUCUUCCUUGUCGUUCAACGAUACCGAUCAUUUCGUCAAGUCGCUGAACAUGACUAUCAGCAACGUCGGCGAAACGGCGGUUACGUAUACACUCUCCAACUUACCGGCCAUCACAAUGUACACCCUGAGCGAGGAAGGCGUCAAUACUUUCGUAUUCCCCAACGAAAUCGCCCGGGCGGCGGCAUCGAUGAAUUUUAGCCAGCAUUCCGUCACGCUCGAAGCCGGCCACUCAGCCAGCAUCCAGAUAGAGCCGACGCCACCGGCCGGUCUGAACGCAACACGCCUAGCUCUAUGGUCUGGCUGGAUUGUCAUCAACGGAACUGAUGAUAGCUCUCACUCCAUACCGUAUCAGGGUCUGACCGGGUCGCUUCGUAAAGCGACUGUUUUACCGCCCGGCAGUGUCAAGAUGGCGCUCGCUACGAACCAGUUGAACUAUGAUAUCAUAGCGGCCAACGUGACAAACGUAACCUUUACCCUUCCAAGACCGGAGAUCAAGAACGGUACAGAAGUCAAGCUGCCCGCGCUCAUCGCCGAACUAGCCGUCGGCUCGCCCCUCCUAACAGCACACAUUGUGCCCCUGAGGCGCUGUGUUGGGAUGAACCUAACGGCAGACCGUUGGGGCCUCGAGUCGUUGGGCCAGCCGUACCGGUUCAAGGGCAAGCUCCGCGGAAGUGGGGAAACAGCACACGUCUGGAACGGACGGCUCGAUUCUGGAUUGUACGCGCCGGAGUGCAAGUAUAAGUUCGUCGUCGGCGCACUGGGCAUCUUUGGCAACGCUUCGAAUAGGGCCGACUGGGAUGUGCGUGAAACGUCUCCGUUCGAGAUUAAGUACUCGUGA